AUGCGUUGUGUUACAUGUUCAAUUCAUUUGCCAUCAAAUAAUUAUGCAUUAAUUGAAGGUGAUUAUUUUUGUUGGACAUGUUUCUUUGAACAAUAUGCUAAUCUUUCAACAACACAAACAAUAUGUCAGAAUUGUGGAAGUAUACCUUUAUCGUCUAGUAGAACAACAUUAAAUCAAAAACAAGAACAAUAUGGCUCGGCAACCUCAUUGAUUAGUACACAAUCGACCAAAAUAUCCGAAGCUGCUAGACAUAUUGGUACAACCAUCGCUAAAACUUUUCGUCGGUUUCGUUCGCCUUCUGCAUCACGAACUGCAGAUGAUCCUAGUCAUCAAAAACCACCACAUCCAUCUAAAACGCAUAAUACAACAUGUCAAGUAUGCUUUGAUGAAAAAUCAUCUAAAUAUUUUCAUGCAAUAUUCAAUCAUAAUUGUCUACAAGUUCAACGAACUAUUUGUGAUACAUGUAUCUAUCGUCAUAUUCAACAAUCUUUUCAAGAAAUGUGUACAGAUGAUGUUCGAUGUCCUGAACUUGAAUGUAAUAGUAAAUAUACUUAUGAUACAAUUAAACAUAUUCUUAUUUCAAAUAAAGAUAAAAAUCUUUUUGAAAGAUAUGAUCGAUUUAUAAAUCUUCAUCUAUUAGAACAAAUGGAUGAAUUUAUUUGGUGUUCAAAUUCUAAAUGUCAAAUGGGACAAUUAAACGAUGGUGGAGAAUUUAAUAAUAUUGUUACUUGUAUUCGUUGUUAUAAAAAAACAUGUUUUAAACAUAAAACAAAAUGGCAUACAGGAUUGACAUGUGAAGAAUAUGAUUUACAAAUAAAUGAUGAUCUUAGAGCAAGUUUAAAAUGGUUAAAUCAAAAUACAAAAACAUGUCCAAAUUGUCCUUAUCAAAUUGAAAAAAAUGAUGGAUGUGAUCAUAUGACUUGUAUUAAAUGUCAGUAUGAAUUCUGUUGGUCAUGUUUAGCUGAUUAUAAUCAAAUACGACGUGAAGGAAAUCAUCGACAUCAUCCUAAUUGUAAACAUUAUACAGCUCAUAAUGGACACUAA